AUGGAAAUCUCGCGAGAGGAGCGGCAACAAAUGCGCCAGCGUGGAGCUGCGACGCGUAAAGCAAAAGAAGUCAAUUUUGGGUUUUCAUUCGGUAGUCCACCACUAGGAUUAUCAGCGCCCGCACCGAUUGCGACUGUCCCUGAAGCUCAGAGUCCACCGCGAACACAGACCGUACCGAACACAACACCACGACCGUUAAAGGUAGCGCAACCAGGAUCGCAAGCCCAGGGGAUUGAGCGCACACCGGGAAGUGCGCGCAACAAGUUCCCAGAAAGGCCCUCGACAUAUGAAAUACCCUCCUCGGACGAUAGAGCUGAACAAACACGAAGCAAUAAGAGGAGAAAGAUCAGUCCCACUAAGAGAACAGAAGAUACUCCCUCUCGUCGGAAUGGCGGGCGACCUGAGAAUGGCAAUUCACACCCCGUUGAUAAUAGUGCAGGUAGCUCAGAAUCGCAAAAAGGCCACACCCAGAAACCUCCGAAUACAGUUGCACCUCUCCCAUCCGAAACAACGAACAAUCAAUCUCCGCAGCCUCACAUCUCACCCACUGUGGAGACCUCAGUCGAAGAUCAGCAUCCGGUAGAGGAUGGGACCAAUGGCUUGGAACCAACAACCUCAGCCGUUGGAGAGCAAUUAGCUCAAGGCACAUCUACAGUAUCUGGCCCUACGGCUCCUCAAGCAGCUGAAUAUUCACAAGCGUCACUUCCAUCGCCUGAUGCUCAGGCCGGUGUCAAAGUGCCUGAAAACAUAGAGCAACUACAUAACACUCAGUCACCACGGCCUGAUGAGCGCAUCCAAAUAAGCAAGGAGAAUCAACGGGCUACCUCGAAAACUGCUUAUUCGGUUGUUCAGGCAGAUAAAUCGGCCCCAAAAUCUGUAUCACCAAGUGGUAGCUCUGCCGAGGCUGUUAAAGCUAGCCAUGCGCCAACUACUGAUGAUGUGGAGAUUACUGAAGAUGUUCCAUCCUCCAAAGAUGAUACGCCAGAGCAAGAUCGCCAGGCAUUUCAGGGGCCUUCUACGAAGACGAAAAAGCCUCGGGGUCGCCCGCGACAGCAAUCUGCCACAAAGAAUACCCCAGAACUGCACGUGGAAGGUGCUAUACAAGAACCUACAGCCGAGGCGCGAGAUGAGCCCGCAGCAGCCCCAAAGACCAAACGGCCUCGUGGGAGACCCUCGCUUGGCGAUAAGAUCAUUGAGGCUAUCGAGACCGAGGUUAUUCCACCUGAACCUGUCCCAGAUGUCGCGGAGUCCUCUUCGGGGCCGCGUCGUGGUCGCAAGCCAGCAUCACAAAAGGAUGACCAGACAGAAACUGUAGUAGAAACUGCAGUGCCCAAGCCACAACGUGGUAGACCUGGAAAGAAAGCAAAACACGCAGUGGAGCCUGAAGUCGAGGCUGAGACUGUGACAGCAGACGAUGCAGAACCAGAGGUGAAAUCUCCAGUGCCUAAACCAAAACGUGGUAGACCUGGGAAGAAAGCCAAACGUGCAGCCGAAGCUGACCCCGAACCCGAGUCUGAUACUGCGCCAGCAGACCAGCCAGACCCAGAGGCUGAACCUGUAGUAUCCAAAUCUCGUGGCAGACCCGGGAAAAAGACCAAACACGCAGCCGAGCCGGAGCCCGAGCCCGAUACAGAGGAUCAACCAGAGCCUGAAGUAGAACCCGCAGUAUCCAAGCCCCAGCGUGGAAGGCCCGGGAAGAAGGCCAAUCGCGCAAUGGAGCCGGGGCUGGAGGCUGAACCUUCCACUGAGAUCCAACCGGAGCCCGAAGCUGAACCUGCAGUACCUAAGACUCAACGUGGUAGGCCCGGAAAGAAGGCCAGUCGCGAGAUGGAGCCUGAGCCCGAGCCUGCCACAGAAGACCAGCCGGAGCCUGGAUUGGAAUCCGCAGCACCCAAGUCACAGCGCGGCAGACCUGGGAAGAAAGCUAAGCGCACUGUGGAGCCCGAGCCUGAACCUGAGACAGAGAACCAACCCGAGUCUGAGCUUGCACAAGAACAGCCUAGUCGCAAGACUCGGAAGCCACGUGGAGAAACAGUUCCGGUCACUGUCUACCGUCUUGCGAAUCUCAAUUCUCUAGGUGGCCCAACAUCUACGGCCAACGGGUCUGGAGACGAAGAAUCCGCCGAUGAACUCACCACGCACCAGAAGGCCAAGAUACCCAACCGCGGCGGUGUCAACCCAGCUGAUGUAUUGAGCCAGAUCUGCCGCGAGACUCUGGAGAAGACACUCAAUACACUCAAGGAUGGGAUUGCGAACGAGGCGAAUGCCACGCGACGUGCAGAGUGGUCGCGGAAGAGAAAGGCCGUUGAAACAUUUGGCUCGGAGCUUGAGAGUCGCCUCAUGGACUUUAGCGGAAUGCUCGAUAGCAAUUUUGUGCUUGGCGUGCAAUUGAAGAAGACUAAGCGGGAGAUGUUGGAUCUACGAAAUCAUCUAUACCGGGUCCGCCGAGAACGCGAGAACAUAGCUUUGCAGAUGGAUGCAGUACGCAGCAAACAUAUUGAGGAGGAGAAGGUCAAAUCGUCACGGUCCACGAUCAGCAACUCCCUCCACAGUCUUGAACUGGCCCUCGACCGCAACAAGCAACGUUCCGCUUCUGCUGCAGAUUCUUCUGCAGAUAUUGAAUACAUGCUUCGCACCGUUGCCGACGUAAGUUCCCGAGCCCCUGGAGCACAAGGCGGUCUCUUGAACCAAAUCCGGGCGUUUAAUGCACAGCUCGAAGCUACUGUUGGUCGCCUGGAACGUUGA